GGUUGUUUUUUAAAGAAUAACCAAUGAUAUGCAACAUAUUGGCAAAACGUUUGGCGGAUAUUUCAACCCAAACAAACCGUUCACUUCCUCAGUCCUCCGGUCCUUAAUAAACAUCACUAAUUUUACAGUUAGACAAAGCCUAAUUCUCAGUUUUUCAUCUGGGCAAAAUAAAUAAUUUUGACAUUCUAAUGUAAUUUCUUGAAGUUGGGCAGUACUCUAAUAUCAACCAUCACAAUGCCUCGGACAGCUGCAAGUGGAGGAAAAAAGAUUCCUAGUUCUCACAAACUUCCAGAGCAAUUUCCCCCUGGCACAGUUAUGCAGGAUGUAUGCAAACAAGAAUGGUGCUUAGGUGCGGUAGUAGGAAAAGGUGGUUUUGGCCUGAUUUACUUGGCCUCAAGAAAAGGAGGAGCAGGAACAAAAUCAGAAGCCACAGAUUUCGUAAUCAAAAUUGAGCCUAAAGAAAAUGGCCCUCUCUUUUGUGAAAUGCAGUUUUAUCAAAGAGUGGCCAAAAAAGAAUGCAUCGAAACAUUUAUUACAAAAAACAAGUUGAAAUACCUAGGUAUCCCUCCAUAUAUUGGCACUGGCAACAUCACUUUUAAAUCUAAAGAAUAUCGUUUUCUUGUUAUGGAUCGUUUUGAAACUGACCUGCAGAAACUUCUCUUAGACAAGGGUGGAACUUUCCCUCCAAGUGUGGUUUAUGCUGUUGGACUCAGAAUGAUAGAUGCUCUUCAGUUUUGUCAUGAGAAUGAAUAUGUACAUGCAGACAUCAAAGCAUCUAAUAUAUUACUGAAAAAUAUUAAAGAUACUCAACAGGUUUUUCUUGUUGAUUUUGGUCUAGCUUAUAGAUAUACAGUCAAUGGUGAUCACAAAGUAUAUAAAGAGGACCCAAGACAAGCACAUAAUGGAACCAUAGAAUUCACCAGCAGAGAUGCCCAUAAAGGAGUUGCGCCUUCACCUAGAGGGGACAUGGAAAUUCUUGGCUACUGCAUGUUACAAUGGUUAUGUAAAAAGUUGCCAUGGGAAGAUCAUUUGAAAUCUGCACCUUUUGUUGCAUCUAGUAAAGAAAAGUUUAUGAAUGACAUUCCAAACCAAAUAAAGUCUUGCUUAAAAGAUUCCUCUGCAGAUAUUUUGAGGAAGUAUUUUGAACUUGUAAAAACUCUGAAAUAUGACAGUACACCUAACUAUGCUAGUUUCAAGAAAAUUCUCCAUGAAGGUUUGUCUAAUGUUGGGCAGAAAGAUGAAUGGAAAAUUGAUUUUGGUUCACCAAAGUUGAUAGGAGUUGAUAGCGAAACAUCCAGAAAAAGGAAGAGUGAAGGACUUGAAGAAAGUGUUGCCAAAAAAAGCAGAUCCCCUCAAAAGUCUCCAGCAUCACCUAAGAAAACAAUCAAAAGUGCAAAAUCUAAUUCCAGAAGAUCUCCACAAGUAAAAUCUAAGAGUGACAAUUCACCUUUUGCUAUGCCUGCAGAUAAAAGAUCUCAAAUAAAAUCAACUAAAAGUUCUCCUUUAGUGAAACCAGUGGCUAAAAGGUCUCCACUUGUCAAUGCUAGGAACGUGAGGUCACCCCUGGUAAAGACAGACUCUUCUUUAACUGAUACUAGUUCCUCAAGGUCAUUGGAAGUUAAAACCAAAGCUGUUUCUAAAACAAAGACAAUGUUGAAUGAUAGGAAGUCUCCUGUUUCCUAUUUAAGCUCACCAAAAAACAGAACGAAUUCAUCACUGACAGGUGUUGUUGAUAAGUCAUCAACUUAUCGCAAGCUCAAAAGAGUUCCUAAAAGGCCAAUGAAGUCAUUAUGUACACAGACAAGUCCACAAAAGUAGAGAUAGUUUCAUCACUUACUGCGUGUGUUUCAUCACUUUUGAGUUAACAUCUUGAUAACAAAAACUUGUAAAGUAUUAUCAUUUGAAAGGGAGGGAAAAAAAACUGCCAUUUGUUUUUCUCUACUUUAUAAAUUUAAUGGGCUUUUAUAAAUUUAUUAUUAAAUGUAUAUACCAUCAUUUUAGUAUUACAUGAUAAUCAUGUAAUUUAAGCAUUUUUAUUUAAAACUUAAAAUAAAAAGGACAAACAGUUUCUUAUAGAUCUUUACAGUGUCAUCACCUUAAUUCUGUAAUGUUAUUUUGUAAUGAUUCAAGCUUGAAUUGUAGACCAUCUGUAAUGUUAUGUUGUAAUCAUUCAAGCUUGAAUUGUAGACCAUCUGUAAUAUUAUUUAGUGAUCAUUCAAGCUUCAAUUGUAGACCAUUUGUAAUGUUUAUAUAUGUGUAUAGUGAAAAAUAAACUAAUCUGCAUAAAAUGUCAAUAUACAAUUAAAGUCACAUUUCAUAGA